AUGAGUUCUCUACGGUUCCUUGACCUCGUCAAGCCCUUCGUGCCGUUCCUCCCCGAGGUCCAGCAGCCCGAGACCAAGAUCCCAUUCAACCAAAAGUUGAUGUGGACUGGCCUCACCCUCCUCAUCUUCCUGGUCAUGAGCCAGAUGCCCCUCUACGGCAUUGUGUCCUCGGAUACCUCUGAUCCGCUAUACUGGCUGCGCAUGAUGCUGGCCAGUAACCGAGGAACGCUAAUGGAGCUGGGAAUCACGCCCAUCAUCUCGUCGGGCAUGGUCUUCCAGCUCCUGGCCGGCACCCACAUGAUCGACGUCAACCUCGACCUCAAGUCCGACCGUGAGCUCUACCAGACCGCCCAGAAGCUGUUUGCCUUCAUCCUGUCUGCCGGAACCGCUACCGUCUACGUCUUCACCGGCCUCUACGGCCCCCCCUCGGAGCUCGGCGCCGGUAUCGUCUUCCUCCUGAUCCUCCAGCUCUUCAUCGCCGGCAUGAUGGUCAUCCUCCUGGACGAGCUUCUGCAGAAGGGAUACGGCCUCGGCAGCGGCAUCUCGCUAUUCAUCGCCACCAACAUCUGCGAGUCCAUCAUGUGGAAGGCCUUCUCCCCUACCAGCAUCAACACUGGCCGCGGCCCCGAGUACGAGGGCGCCGUCAUUGCGCUGUUCCACCUGCUCAUGACGUGGCCCAACAAGCAGCGCGCGCUGCAGGAGGCCUUCUACCGCCAGAACCUGCCCAACAUCAUGAACCUGCUGGCCACCCUCGUCGUCUUCGCCGCCGUCAUCUACCUGCAGGGUCUCCGCGUCGAGAUCCCCGUCAAGUCGUCUCGCCAGCGUGGUGCUCGCGGCUCGUACCCCGUCCGCCUAUUCUACACCUCCAACAUGCCCAUCAUGCUGCAGAGCGCCCUGUCGUCCAACAUCUUUAUCAUCUCGCAGAUGCUGUAUUCGCGCUUCUCUGAGAACCUCCUGGUCCGCCUCUUCGGUGUUUGGGAGGCCAAGGAUGGUUCGUCUCAGUUGUCGGCCGUCUCGGGUCUGACCUACUACAUGUCGCCCCCGAUGAACUUCAAGGAGGCUCUCGUUGACCCCAUCCACACGGCCCUGUACAUCGCCUACAUGCUCACUGCCUGCGCCGUCUUCUCCAAGACCUGGAUUGAGGUUUCGGGUUCGAGCCCCCGCGAUGUUGCCAAGCAGCUCAAGGACCAGGGCCUUGUCAUGGCCGGCCAUCGCGACCAGAGCAUGUACAAGGAGCUGAAGCGCAUCAUUCCCACCGCUGCCGCCUUUGGCGGUGCCUGCAUCGGUGCUCUCUCUGUUGCCAGUGACCUCAUGGGUGCUCUCGGCUCCGGCACCGGUACUCUUCUUGCCGUCACCAUCAUCUACGGAUACUUCGAGAUCGCUGCCAAGGAGGGAGAUAUCGCUGGUAUGAAGGGCAUGGUCAUGGGCUAG